GAAAGGAACCAAAGUACUUCCGAAGUUAUAGGUUAUAGUGUUGUAUUUUUUGUUUUCUUAUUGUCUGAACAAGUUUUUAGAAAUUUUGCGUUUAUAAAAAAAUUUACCGACAAACUAAAGAGUCCGUAAAAUUGAGCUUCCAAAUAAAGACGUGCGAAAAUGUCGAACUGGAAGGAAAGUAGAGGCCCGAUACCGCCUCGAUGGCUUCACUGUCCACGAAAAGCUAUCAAAUUAAUUCAGAAUAAGUUUCUCGCUUUCAAGACCCCGCUAUCGUCCGCAUUCGAUAGCCAGGUACCAGAAGAAUGUCGUUUCACAAUAGAUAUGCUGUUUGCAUCAUUAAAGAGUCAAAAGAUCAAAUUAGGCUUGUGGAUUGACCUGUCGAACACUUCAAGAUUUUAUGACAAGAAAAGCUUAGAAGCAUACGGUUGUAAAUAUUUGAAACUGCAAUGUAGAGGUCAUGGUGAAACUCCUACUGAAGAACAAACAAGGACUUUUGUGCAAGUCUGCAAAAAUUUUAUAUCGUACAACCCGUUGGAAGUCAUUGGUGUUCAUUGUACACAUGGUUUCAAUAGAACUGGCUUCCUUAUAAUUAGUUAUUUAGUAGAAGCUGAUGGUACCAGUGUUGAUGCUGGCUUAGUAGAAUUUGCAGCUGCAAGACCACCAGGCAUAUACAAAGCUGAUUAUAUUCAAGAACUAUUUAGGCGAUAUGAUGAUAUGGAGGAUGCUCCUGAUCCUCCACCUAGACCAGCUUGGUGUUUAGAAUAUGAUGAUUCUGAUAACGAAGAUAGGGAUGAGGGUCCCAGCACAGACAAAGAUAAUUAUAAUCAAGAUGUACCAAAUAAAAGGAGGAAACGUGAACAUAAUAAUAAAAAUCCAGUAUUCAUGGCUGGUGUACCUGGUGUAACUCCUAUUACUGAUGAUAGGAAGUUAAGUGGAAUACAGAGAAGGGUUCAAGAUAUAUGUUCUUGGAAAUCAUCUGGAUUUCCAGGAUCUCAACCAGUUUCUAUGGAUGAAGACAAUAUUAGAUUACUACAUGAAAAACCAUAUGGAGUAUCAUGGAAAGCAGAUGGAACCAGGUAUAUGAUGAUGAUACAAGCAGAUGGAGAAAUUUAUUUUGUAGAUAGAGAUAAUAGUGUAUUCCAAGUUAAUGGAAUGACUUUUCCACAUUCAAGGGACAUAUCUAGAACUCUUAGAGAUACAUUGUUGGAUGGUGAAAUGGUGAUUGACAAAGCAGAUGGUAAAGAAUAUCCAAGAUAUUUAGUUUACGAUGUAGUGAUGUAUGAUGGCAAAGAUGUUAGCAAAUUACCAUUCCAUCCUGAUCGUUUUCUUAUCAUAGAACAGGAAAUUAUAGAAGGUAGAAAAAGAGCAAUGAAAGAAGGAAAAUUGAGAAAAGAAAGAGAACCAUUUUCGGUGCGGUCGAAAUGUUUCUGGGAUCUGACACAAGCUGCUAGUUUAUUAAGUGAAAAAUUUGCCAAACAACUUGGUCACGAACCUGAUGGCUUAAUAUUUCAACCUUCCAAAGAACCUUAUUGUCCAGGGCCUUCUCUAGAAGUUUUGAAAUGGAAACCCUUGUCACAUAACUCUGUUGACUUUAGAUUAAAGAUAGUUACAGAAUCUGGAGAGGGAAUUCUUCCAAAAAAAGUUGGUCAUCUUUAUGUAGGUGGUAUAAAAGAGCCAUUUGACAAAAUAAAAGUCACCAAACAAAUAAAAGACUUGAACAAUGCAAUUGUAGAAUGUAAAUAUGAAAAUGGCCAAUGGGUUUUUAUGCGUGCAAGAACUGACAAAUCAUUUCCCAAUUCAUUUCAUACAGCUCAGGCUGUAUGCAAAAGUAUUAUCAAACCUAUAACUACCGAACGACUUUUGGAUUAUAUUAAGAGGCAUAGAUUUGUACAAGAUGAUUCUGAUCUUAUGCCACCGCCGCCUAAAAGAGUUCGACAAUGAAUUAGAGAGUAACUGAUUACAUAUAGGACCGUUCUAUUAUGGUGUACAAAGGAACUGACUGUAAAGGAAAAAAGAUCACUCCGUGUUAAUGUCGAAUUCGAUCAUGCAACGUUGGUACGCUGGUCUCCCGAUGGUAAAGCUUUCCUCAUACACAAAGCUGUAGCAAACACCAUUGAAGUUUACAAAAUAUCUAAAAAACAAGAUGGUACCUUAGCUGCUGCAACUAAGGCUUUGGAAUUUCCAAAGCGGCAUACUGAAGAUGUUGUUGGCAUGGAUAUCGCAUGUACAGGAAAAUACAUUAUUACAUGCAGCAAACUGAACGAUCUUGUGGUAUGGGAUCUUAAAGGUCAGAUCCUUGCAAACGUGGAAUUACAUCUUGGAUCGACAUAUCGAGCACGAAUAUCACCAUGUGGACGUUUCGUCGGCACAUCCGGAUUUACUCCGGAUGUAAAUAUAUGGGAAGUGAUGUUCACUAAAUCUGGAGAAUUCAAGCAAGUAACAAAGGCUUUUGACCUUGCCGGUCAUUCUUCUGGAAUACUUGAUCUCGCUAUCAGUGCUGAUAGUAGCAAUAUGGCUACUGUAUCAAAAGAUGGAACUUAUCGUUUAUACGAUACAAAAAUUGAAUUUGAGAAAGGAGAAGAUCCUCAUGUACUUCUAACUGGACAAUGGGAAAAUACAACAAUAGCUAAUAUUGCAUUGUCUCCUAACACUGAAGUUUUAGCAAUAUCUCAUGGAUCUUCAUUAAGUUUUUAUUCUACAAUCACUGGCUUGCUGGACAAUACCAUAGAAGAUAUUUUUCUGGGACCUAUCAUGCGCCUAGCUUUCGAUGCUGCUGGAGAAUAUGUUUUAGUUGCUGGAGACAGACAUAUAAAGGUUUUCCGCAACGUUACUGGUUAUCGUGUAGCAAUCGAAUCCGCGAAACGCAAACUUAUGCAAAAGCAAACGUCUGCGACGAAAGAACGCUUGGAAAAACUUAUCGAAGAUAAUAUAAAGUUUCUGCAGGCAAUGGAAGAGAAGUGUCCUUAA